CGCCCGGCGCCCAGGAAAGCCCCGAGCGGCGCGGCCAGGGAAGGGACGGCCUCCCGGGGGGUCCCCUACUUCCCGCUCUGGGGCCGGCGCGGCGAAUGGACCUGGAGGGCGCAGAGAGCCCUUGUUGCCACCACAUCUAUGCCGUGUGAAGACGUGCACACCACAUCUUGCGUUUUCCCCUGAGAUGCAACACCCACUGUCCCUGUGAAACCAGUGGGUGUGCGUAUGUGGGUGUGUGUGUGAACAUACACACAUCUGGAUGUGCCCUCCAAAAGAGAUCAAAGCAGGCACUGUAGGAUCUCCCAAUGGGGCGGCUUCUCUCUGUACUCAUGUUCCCAGUGAGCUGCCUGAUCCUGUUGUGGGUGGCCGGCUCUGGGAGCAUGAGGGUCCUUCAGGAUCCCACCUGCUUCUCCGACUACAUCAGCAUCUCCACCUGUGAGUGGGAGAUGGCCGGGCCCACCAACUGCAGAGCCGAGCUCCACCUAUCCUACCAGCUGAAUUUUUACUACUCUGAAAAGAACACAUGUGUCCCCGAGAACAGAGGAGGUGUCGGGGGUGCGGUGUGCACAUGCCAUAUGCAGAUAGAUAACCCGGUCAGAGAAGACAUCUACCAGCUGGACCUGUGGGCCGGGGGGCAGCUGCUGUGGAAUAGCUCCUUCAAGCCCAGCGAGCACGUGAAACCGCUGGCCCCCAGAAACCUCACGGUUCACGCCGACAUCUCCCACACAUGGCUGCUGACGUGGAACAACCCGUACCCUUCUGAUAACCUUCUGUGCUCCGAGCUUACCUACCUGGUCAACGUCUCAAAUGAAAACGACCCCACGGAUGUCAGAAUCUAUAACGUGACCUACGUGGGGCCCACCCUCCGUGUCGUGGCCAGCACCCUAAAGUCUGGAGCCUCCUACAGCGCACGGGUGAAGGCCUGGGCUCAGAGCUACAACAGCACCUGGAGCGAGUGGAGCCCCAGCAUCAAGUGGCUUAACUACUACGGGGAGACCUGGGAGCAGCGCCUCCAGCUGGGCGUCGGCAUCUCGUGCGUCAUCGUCCUGGCGGUGUGUGUGUCCUGCUACAUCAGCAUCAUCAAGAUUAAGAAAGAAUGGUGGGACCAAAUUCCCAACCCAGCCCACAGCCCCCUCGUGGCUGUUGUCAUCCAGGAUUCUCAGGUGUCACUGUGGGGGAAGCGGUCUCGAGGCCAGGAACCAGCCAAGUGCCCACACUGGAAGACUUGUCUUGCCAAGCUCCUGCCCUGUUUACUGGAGCAUGGCAUGGAAAGGGAUGAAGACUUCUCUAAGGCUGCUAGAAAUGGGCCUUCCCAGGGUCCUGGGAAAGUAGCAUGGUGCCCCGUGGAGGUCAGCAAGACGAUCCUCCGGCCAGAGAGCAUCAGCGUGGUGCGGUGCGUGGAGCUGUUUGAGGCCCAAGUGGAGAAGGAAGAAGAGGAAGUGGAGGAAGAUAAAGGGAGCUUCUGCCCAUCACCUGAGAAUAGCGGGGGCCUCUUCCAGGAGGGCAGAGAGGACAUCGCGGCCCGGCUGACAGAGAGCCUGUUCCUGCACCUUCUCAGAGAUGAGACUGGGGGCUUUAGUCCACAAGGUGUGGAGUCCUGCCUUCAUCCCCCUUUAGAAAAUGCGAAUGCUCAGAGGCCCUGGGCCGAGUUCCCAAGGGUGGGGCCCCAGGAGGCAUCCUCUGAGGACAAGGAACAGCCUCUGAGCCCAGAGUCAAGUCCUCCGGCCACUGCAACCCAGAAACCAGCCAGCCUGCCUCUCCCAGAGACGCCCGCCGUCAUCUCAGACAACCCCGCUUACCGCAGCUUCAGCACCUUCCUGAGCCAGUCCUCGGGCCCUGGAGAGCUUGACUCGGACCCACAGCUGGCCGAAUGCCUGGGGGAGGUGGACCCCGACAUCCCCGCCACCCCCCAGCCAGAACCGGAAACUUGGGAGCAGAUCCUGCGUCAGAGGGUCCUCCAGCACGGGGCGGCCCCCGGCCCCGCCUCGGCCCCUAGCAGCGGCUACCGGGAAUUUGUGCAGGCGGUGAAGGAGGGCGGCGCCCGGGACAGCGGGCUGGCCGGCUUCGGGCCCUCCGAAGAGGCCGGCUACAAGGCCUUCUCCAGCUUGCUUGCCAGCAGUGACAGCUGCCCUGCGACUUCUGGGGUUGAGCCCAGCAGCGGGGAAGGGGGCUACAAACCCUUCCAGAGCCUCUCUUCUGCCUGCCCCGGGACCCCUUCCCCCAUUCCCAUCCCCCUGUUCACUUUUGGCCUGGACCUGGAACCCCCUCACAGUCCUCAGGACUCAGAGUGGCCUGAGUUGGAGCCAGCGGUCAAGGGAGACGACGGACAGAAACCCUUCUUCGCCCCGGUGCCAGCCACAGACCCUCUCAGGGAUGACCUGGGCAACGGCAUCGUCUACUCAGCCCUCACCUGCCACCUGUGUGGCCAUCUGAAGCAGUGCCACAGCCAGGAGGAAGCUGGCAAGGCUCAAAUUGUGGCCAGCCCCUGCUGCGGCUGCUGCUGUGGGGACAGGUCCUCGCCUCUGCUGAGUCCGCUGAAGGCCCCGGACUCCCCGCCCCAGGGAGCUCCACUGGAGGCCAGCCUCUCUGCGGCCUCCCUAGCACCCUUGGGUGUCUCAGAGGAGGGGAAGUGCCCUCUGUUCAAUGCCCCCAGCCAUGCCCAGAGCUCAGGCCCGGCUCUUGCAGUGCUCUCCCCAGGGCCCACGUGCAUGGACGCCUCCUAGGCGCAUGCCUGCUCCUUGCUGACGUCUACGGGAGAGAGGGGGCCUUAGUCAGGCCUGCGAAAUGCCUCCCCCUGGAAGGCCGCCAGGCUGGCAGAGUUCUGGAAGACUCUGGGAACUCUGGAGUGAAGUUGUCAGAUGCUGGGUCUACAGGGACCGGGCGCCCCCAGCUCCCUUCGCUGGCCCCGGCUCACCACCUCCCAUGGGAGGGGGGGGCUCCAGGCAGCUGUGCCCACAGAGGCACCUGCAGUCAUCUGGAGAUUCCCUGAGCACCUUAGCUUGUGCACGAGCUGUUGGCCACUUCAUCAGUUCACAGCUGUGCCAGCAGACGGUUCCUGUCAUACUCAAGGCAUAUUCUGUCACUCUGCUAUCCAGUUCUUGCCCAGACUCUGGAGUAGCUACCGCCAUCUCUCUAGAUUGGAUGCUGAGCCUAGAAACUCACCAAGCCAACAGGGGAAUUGACUUGGGAGGCCUUGGGAAAUUGAGGUCCAAGAAGGGUGGUUAUCUGCCCAGAGAUGUCUAUUCAUUCAGCAGAAGUUGACACUGGGGGCAAGGUCUGAGCUGCAGAGGGGUGAUUAAUUAAGUGGAGUUAACCAAGGACAUGAUAAAUUGUGAUUUCUGAGACGUGACAGCUUGUGGCCAGCUUCCCACGCAAGGCUGGGAUUCCUGUUAGGCAUUGGAUCCCCAGAGAAGAGGCAUGCCUGGCGACCUUGGGGCAGGCGUGUGCCCCCAGGGAUGCAGUUGCUGGCAUCACUGCUUCAGAAGGUGUGGCUCAGGUCCCCUGAACCAGCGAGCUGGGGCGACCAAGACGCUGACACCAGGCACGUCACCCACACAUCAUUAACUACCACCUCAGGUUGAAGAAUGCUUGUUUGUGUGCAUCUCAAAAAUUAUUUCAUCACUUGGUGUUUGUGUUUGCUGAGGAGGGUGGAAUGGGAAGAGACGGAGUUUUGUAUAAAUAAAGUUUCUUUAUCUCUUUCCCCUCCCCCCCCACCAUUUAUUAAACAAACAUCCUGCCAAGCA